AUGGGAAAUCCGGCAUCACCAUCACUAGCUAACUUCAUUAUGGAGUUUAUAAUAUCAACAGUUUUAAAUAAAUUACCAUUUGAAGUAACAUUGGCUAUGUAUUAUGUUGAUGAUACGUUAUUUGCAAUACCCAAAGACGAAGUUAAUAAUACGGUUACAGCUUUCAACAAUGUGAAUCCACACAUUCAAUUUACAUAUGAAGUUGAAAAGGAUGGAAAAAUUCCUUUCUUAGAUAUUAUGGUCAUAAGAAAUGACAACAAGAUUAUCACCAACUGGUAUAAAAAACCGACAUCUUCAGUUUUUGUACUUGUUGGAUUGGCUUCAGCAGGACAUCAUCAUGGUGGUGGUGGUGAUGGUGGUGGUCAUGGUGGUUCUGUUAGUUAUAGUGUUGUAACAAAGCACGACGAUUCACAUGGACACGGUGGUCACGGUGGUCAUGGCGGUCAUGGUGGUCAUGAUGGCCAUCAUGAACAUAGCAGUUAUGUUAUAACUUCGCAUGGUGGAGGACAUGACGGCGGACAUGGUGGAUAUGAUGGUGGACAUGGUGGUCAUGAUGGCGGUCACGAUGGAGGACAUCAUGGCGGUCACGAAGCUCACCAUUAUCCUAAAUAUGAGUUCAGUUAUGGUGUUGAAGAUAAACAUCAUGGAGAUAAAAAAAGUCAAUGGGAACAUCGUGAUGGUGAUCAUGUGAAAGGUAGUUACUCACUUAAGGAAGCUGAUGGCACUACUCGUGUUGUAGAAUACACUGCUGAUAAACACAGUGGAUUCAAUGCUAAGGUCCAUAAAAUCGGACAUGCCCACGGUGGUCAUGAUGGAGGUCACGAUCAUGGUCACGGACAUGGUCAUGGUCAUGGACAUGGUGGUCAUGGAAGCAGUUACGUUAAUGUUAAACAACAUCAUUAA